AUAUGUAUGUACCUAUCGUAUUUGAAGGACAAAGGAAAUUUGCGCCUCAGGUAGUCAGUACAUUAAAAUGUAUUCAAUUGGAGUGUUAACUAUAUUAAUGUUUUGAAAUUGAUGGAUUUAGUUAAUAUAAGCAUAAAAAUAAUAAAUUAAUCAAUCAAUAGCCCAAUAGUUAAGGGUGUGAACAAUCAAUCAGGCAAUUGUGAAUUUUUGUAUCCAAUUUAAAAAGCAAAAGAAUGUAGAUUUUGCCUCUAGUACUUUAAAUUCAUCAAAGUUAAGUGCAUUGUGUGGUAUUGUUUCCAAUUAACCAUGACCUCUAAGUAGAUCAAUCUGCAAAUGCCAUCAUGAAUAUGACAAAUGAAAAUGAAGCACAACCACCAGAUGUUGAAAAUAAUGUGGAGGUUCAUCAACCCACAAUUAUACCACAGACACAAUCACUUGAUAUUAAUAGCAAUGAUAGUAACACUGCACAAAAUAUUACUGAAAGUGAUCCCCAAAAUGGAACACCAUUAGGGGAGUCUCAAAACAUUGAAAAUAAUAUUGAACCUCAUAACCCAAGUUCAGAGGGAAAUAUGGCUCAGUCUAAUGUCAGUUACUCAGGGGCAGCACAAAGUGGCGCCAAGCCGAACAGACAUACCAAUAAUAAGUUAAAUACUAUUCCCAAAUCAGAUUUGAACUUCUGGACAACUCAAAUAAAACAAAUUCUAACGCAUCAUAAUAAUGGUAGCCGAAUAUUAAUAAUUAUGAGAGGUGUUCCAGGAAGUGGGAAAACAUAUUUGGCUAGAAAAAUUCUAGAAGCAACUAUUGGCGGUCCCAAAUGUGAUUUCUCUAUGCACAUUUUUUCAGCUGAUGACUAUUUUUUCAUAAAAGGUUUUUAUCAAUAUGACAGAAUGAAGCUACAGGAUGCACAUAUUUGGAAUCAUACUAAAGCUAGAUCAGCAAUGAAGCGAGGCGUGAGUCCUGUUAUAAUUGAUAAUACAAAUAUUGAAGUAUGGGAAAUGGAGCCCUACCUCAGAGAUGGGGUAAAUAAUGGAUAUUUGAUAGAAAUCGUACAGCCAAAUACUUCUUGGGCAAAGAAAGCAAAUACAUUAUCACGUAAAAAUAUUCAUAAUGUGCCAUUGGCUACCAUUAAAAGAAUGCUUAGCAACUUUCGAGAUGGUAUUAGUGCUGAAACAUUGAUGACUUCUUAUAAGUUGUCUUAUCCAAAUCAUUUGAUUCCACCUGUUUUGAGAAAUUUUCCUAUUAUACCAAUGCAAACGGUCCCCACUGAACAUUCUAAUUCUAAUGGUAACGCCGUCUCUAGCGUUGAACAUUCAGAACAUAAUUGUAAUACCAGUCCCGAUAAUAUGACUGUUCAAAAUAAAGAAAAGAUAGAUAAUCCACCUCGCUCUUCAAGUUCUGAUGAAGAAACGCAGAACAUCACUGAAAAUAACGAUGAUUUUUCAAAUACGAAAGACACAUUAAAAGAAGAUAAUCAAAUUGACAAUACUUUAGAGCAGCACACAGAACCAAAUGUGCAAAUAGAAGAACUUGAAAAAAUUUAUGAAGCUUGGGAAUCAAACGAAAAGUGGGAAGACGACCCGGCUGGAGAUCAAAAAACUGGUAAUAGAAAGGAAGUUAUGUGUGAGAAUGAGGUUUUGGAAAAUUCAAAGCCACCACGAAGUAAAUUGAACAAAUUUAAGAGAAGCUUAGAAGAUACCAAACCAGACACAGAUAAUUUGUUAGCCAAAUGCCAUGAUUGGAGUAAAAUCGACAUGUUUAUGCAACCAUGGGAUGAUAACAGUAAGGUAGACGAAGAAAUACCCUUAAUUGUAGUCGAAAAAGUUAGUAGCGGCACUUCCACAGACCUUGGUGGUAUGAAUGUUUCUGAUGUAAACAAAGCUUCUAAAGUUUUAAGCGCAGUACCGAGAAAUAUAAAUCUUUAUUACAUGCCUCUCGAUAAAGAAAAAAUUCCCGAAAAGAGAAUGUUAGAUAUGAGUACCAUGACUGAUGAAGAAACACUAGCAGAAGUGUUUGAGGAUCGCGAAAAAAAAAUGAAAUUUGCAAUAUUCAGGGAUACAUUUAAGAAUAUUCGCAAAAAAGAUUUGAAGAAUGUAUUAGACAUUUGCCAAGGUAAUGUUCAAUGGGCUUCGGAACUUAUGCUUGAUAACGUGGCUAAUAGUGUAUUUCCACAAGUAAAAAGUGAUGAUUCGUCUGAUAGUGAGGACUCGUCUGAUAGUGACGAAGAAAACUCUUGCGCUGUUAAGAUAACUUCAAAACAUGGUGAUGCUGAUGUUGAUUCUAAAAGUAGCCAAUGCGCUGAAGCUGAUCAGAUCUCAGACAAAACAAUAAAUAAGAUUCCAUGUGAUAAUUCGCAACCGAGCACAAGCAUGAACACAGAUCAAUUAUUAGUAAACUCGACCGAUGUUACUUUAACAUCUAGAAAAGGUAAAAAGGCAAACACAUCUGAAUAUCAUGUUAAUUUAAAGAGACAAAUAGAGAAAAACGUUGUUAUAUCUGAAAACCACUAUUCGAAACAUUGCUUAAAGAUAAGAAAUCAGCGUCAAGGAAUUCGGCCGGAUGUUACAGUAAAUCAAGAAGAUAUUAAGGUGGAUAACGCAGAAGUUCCUAGCAGUACACAAAGUCCUGACUAUGCAGUACCAAGUACUUCCAAUGCGCUCAUGGAAAUUCAAACAAAUGAAAUUGCUUUGGUAAAUGGAAGCAAUAGUGACGAAAGCGAAAACAAUUUCCCUAAAUCUGAAAAUACUGUAAAUGUCAAUUUGAGUUGGGAUUUUAUUUCGAAAUUAGAUGAGCAUUUUGGGAGAGAUGAUAUGAAUUAUCCUGAAUAUGUAUCACCUAUAGUUAACAUGCCGGAGUCCUUGCUAAAUGAAAUUAAUGCUUUUUGGAUGGAAUCCUAUAUUAACCAAUCAGAGGCGAAAUAUAAGGAAACUGAAUUAAUGAUACAACAAGAUGAAGAAAUAGCUAGGGAGUUAGAGAGGCAGGAAUUCGAAUUAAACACGCCAACGGAGCCGACAACAUCUGAUUUAGAAGAUUUAAUGGACACUGAAUUAUCACUAUCUUGGCAAAACAAAGUCAUCUCUGAUUGGAAUAAGGAUAAGACAUUGGAUUUGGCGGCUAGAAUUACACGAGAAAAUUUGAACAACUUAUUUCCAGAUAUGCAUCCACAAUAUUUGUCCGAAGUACUAAUUGCUCAUGAUAACAAUUUUAAUAAUACUGUAGAGGGACUUUUAUUAUCGACUGGAAAAUCGGAGAUACUGGAAAGGGAAAACGGAUUAAGAGAUUUCAUAAUGGCUAGAGGAACGGAACACCGGGAGAAACUACGCAAUGAAUGUAAAAAACAAUUAUCACAGACUGAACCGCCGUUUAUAGCAAGCGGAAAAAAAGUUGAUAUGAAAUUGUUCGAACGUUUUCGCAAUCAAGCUGAGAUGCAUUUAACAAGAAGGAAUCAGGUAUACCAGAAAAUUCGUGAGAAUAUGUCAAACGGUAACAUGCAAGUCGCCAGAUACUAUUCAGACAUCGCGGCGAUGCAUACACAGGGAUAUGAUCAUGCAAACUCUUUGGCUGUAGCAGCUCUCAUACAGGUGGGAACGUCAGAAAAUGAUUACACGGCGACAAUGGAUUUGCACCAUUUACGGGUUAGAGAAGCAAUGGAAGGCCUCGAUCUGUUCCUUGACUCUAAUAUACAUAGACUACGGGAGAUAAAAGGAAAAAAGAGUGUCAAAUAUAUGACAUUGUAUUUCAUAACGGGCCGUGGUUUGCACAGCCCUGGUCUGCCAAGAAUAAAACCCGCCGUACAGAAAAGGCUUGCACAAAGGGGUAUAGUCUUUAAAGAGCGAAAUCCUGGCUUGCUGAUGGCUAAAGUUUAUGCCGGUCAUAGAAUGACCUAUGAAGUAGCCUAGCAUCAGGCGAUGGUACAAAGAUUUAGAGCACAACCCCAUCCACUAGCAUAUCAAGUUACCAACUUUUCUUGGUAUACUUCUGUUGGGAUGGUGCAACCGGUUGUACACCCUUUUAUGCAACCUCAACCUAUUAUAGUGCCCGCUAAUGCAUACUAUUAUCAUUACCAAUAUUAUCAAUAUUACCAACAGCACCAAUAUUACCAAAAUUACCAAUAUUACCAACAUUAUCAAUAUUACCAGUACUAUCCGUAUGUACAACAUAGUGGUUUCUUCAAAUAAACUAUGUAAACUUCAUACAUUUAUAACAUGAUAUAAAAAAUCACAAUUUUACCGAAUGAAUUGAUUUAAACCUAUGCAGUUGUCUAAGAUGUUUGGAAAAGACUGUGGUGUGUGUUACCUGAUCGGCUUUAAAUUCAUUUUAUAUAAAAAAAUAUGAAAAAAUAAAUAAAAAAGUGGUGUGAUACUUGUCGAAUUUACGCGCGAUCGCGCUAUUUUUUGUUAUUUUCUUUUAAUAACGAAGACUUGGUCUUCUUUCACACGGCAGAGUGAUAUAUCAGAAUUCUUUUGUAACAAAUUAUCAAUCGUUUAAACAUAAUGUCAAUUUCUGUUCAAUUUUUAAUGGUAUAGUCGUUACGGAAACUAACCAUAGACUUACCAAAGUAGUAGAAAAACCAAAGAUCUUAAACGAUGAUAAAUUUUUGAAAUUAUAUCCAAAACUAACUUUGUAGAUAUUUUGGUAUAAAAGCAUUCUGAUAGUAAAGUGUAUGUGAGACUGACUGGCAUAGGUGAUAACAUAUACAUACAUUGUAAUGUAUACUUGAUAAAAUAUACCAAAACAGUAAACUUACCAGAUUGGUAAAUAAGUUGGAGGGAAAUAUCAAAUAUUGUUUAGUAUUAUACUCGCUAUGAAUUUACAAGCAAGCACUUAAAGUGAAUUUCUGGUAUGAAUUAGACUCAUUUGACGCUUUGUUUAGUUUGAGCGCAAGCUAUUAGCGAUUCGUGAUUUUUGUAUACAUUUACUAGAAUAUGCUGGUCCAAUCACGCUUAGCUGCUGCGCUUUGUGAUUCACUCUAUAGACAAUGCAAACCCACAUGCCAACUUCACAUAUUAGAGCUAGUUGUGAGCUUCUAAACAUUUACAAAAAUCACGAAUCGCUAACGACUUUGGCUAGAACUAAAUAAAUGUUAAUGGGCAUUUAGCUACAGUGUGAACUUACUACUAGAAAAAAAAUUAGAAUUAUUAAAACUAUAUUCACGAUGGUUAGAACAAACUUCUCUGUUCCAUUAAAUCAGUAAUUUAUAAUAUUAUAUUAUAUUAUAAUUUAAUAUAUAGCGAGUAUUAUA